AUGGCAGCGGCAGCAGUCUCCCAUCCUCACCAACCUUUUCUUUUUGCAACGGAAUGGGCAACUAAUCCAAGUUGUAGCAACAACGACCCUGCCUAUCAGGCAGCUGUUUCUGCCUAUCAAGCAGCGGCACAAUUAAUUUCUAACCCAAACGAGCUAGAAAAUCCUUACCAAUCUGCCUUUGGGGGAAUUAAUAUUCUACAACAGCCCCCAACUUUAAUUAACCAAUUCCCCUUCUCUAAUGAAGAACAAUUACAACAAUGGGCGGAUGGUUUACAAUUUAAUAAUAAUUUUCCUUUUGUUGGACAAGGCGUUAUUUCUAGUUAUAAUAGUAAUGGGUCAGACAAUAUACAACUGUCUAGAACAAACACAGAACUUAAUGAAACACAACCUUAUACUCAACAACAACAACAACAUCAAUUACCAACACAAAUAAUAGCCCCACCUCACCUUUCUUCUUCCUCCUCCCCUUCUCCAUUUCUCACAACUACACCCUCAACUGUGAUCGUAGAACGUAAUGAAGCUUUAAAAUUGCAACAAGCAAUAAUUAAAAGUUCUUCCUCCAAUCCUUCCUCUAUUAAUUCCUCAACAUUUGUGUCAACUUAUUCAAAUACCCCAACAAUUACUGUCGAGACAUCCAGCCAGUUUGGACUUCAACCAAUAACGGGUGAGAGACUAUUAAAUCAUCUUUUUCCCACCACAUUUUCUUGGGGGAUAGAGGGCUGGAAAAGUGUGAGGGAAAUGUUUGCCCUUUACAUAAUAAAACAAGUUUUAAAAAACUUGUUUUAA